UACUAUCAUCCUGAGGCCAAGAGCUUUUCACACACCCUUGGUUUCAGUUCCAGAUCCAUGGUACACACACCCAGUCGCGUCAUGGCUAUGCCCACCGCCCCCCUGCGCUCCUCGGGGGUGUCGGCCCGCUCGGCAGUGUCGGCCCGCUCGGCGGUUGAGAGCGGCUCGCUGAGCCACCGGGGGGGCAGUGUGAUGCAGAGCAGCUUCCUGUCCUCUCACAGCAGGAACACUCGCUCCAAGUCCCUGUGCCAAGCAGACCUGGAAACCCUCCCCCUCUCUGUGCCCGCUCCCCCAGAGAACCCCUGCUACUCCAUCUCUAUACCCCUCCCCGGCACCCUCAGGCGCAGCCUCAGCGGGACCCUGGCCCAGGACAGGGGCCUCUUUCACCAGGAGGCGGAGCUACCCUCUCAGUACACCUAUAAAGGCCCCUCCCACCGCACCAUCAGCCGCAUCACCAACCGCCAGCAGCAGAGCCAGCAGCAGAGCGCCGCUUUCGGACAGGAGGGCUGGGGGGGGACCGGCAGGGGGGUCCCCACGGCAGGGGAUGGCUGGGGGACGCAGUGGCAGCAGCAUGUGUCCAGGGCCAACCAUGUCUCGGGGAACGGGCUGUACCUGGCCCCCAUCCGCCGGACCGCCUCCACCCACAGCGUGAGGAGUGUGGGGAGGGGAGUGGACAUCCUGGAUGGAGCGUCCAUACACAGCAACGACCCUCUGGAGGAUAUGCGGGGUAUGGACAUGCCUACAGCUGUCCGAUAUUUGUUGGAGUCAGAUGCUGGCCUGCAAGUUCUGGGAGCCGCGUACAUACAACACCAGUGUUACCAUAGCAACGAUGCCAAAAACCAGGUCCGUGCUCUGCAUGGCGUUCUGGCUCUGGUGGAGCUGUUCGGCAGUGACAAACAGGAAGUGCAGCGUUACGCCACGGGCGCCGUGAGGAACCUGAUCUACGAGAACGCGGACAACAAGGCGGCGCUGAUAGACGCUGGAGGAGUUCUGAGUCUGGUCAACAUGCUGAGCAAACCUGACGAGGAGCUGCAGAAGACCAUCACAGGCAUCCUGUGGAAUCUGUCCUCCAGAGACAACCUGAAGGAGAAGCUGUCCAAAGAGGCGUUAUCAGAGCUGACGGAGAAGGUUCUGGUCCCUCUGUGCAGCAGACUGCCUCUGAGCCCGUCUGAGAGAGACGUCUUCUACAACACCAGCGGCUGCCUCAGGAACUUGAGCUCAGUGAAUGAGAGGACGAGACAGAAGAUGAGAGAGAUGCAAGGCCUGGUGGACUCUCUGGUGUCUUACAUUCAACAGGAGGACAGGGCAGACGACAAGGGUUUGGAGAAUUCACUGUGUGUGAUGAGGAAUCUGUCCUACCAGCUGUACACGGAGCUGCCUCCGUCCGUCCGGCUGCGUCUGGAGGGCCCGUCCAGGGCCUCCGCCUCCAGGGAGAGUGAGGCCAUCGGCUGCUUCACUAUGUAUAACAAAAAAAACAACGAGCGUAACCAGAAUAUGUUCAUACUGUCUGAAGUGUCCCGACAACCUAAUGGCGCUGAGUGGCUUUGGCACCCUAACAUGGUGGCGUUGUACAAGCUUGUUCUGCAGAACAGCGACUGCAGCUCCACCAGCCGGGAGGCGGCCGUAGGAGCCCUGCAGAACAUCACUGCAGGAGAGGGCCGGGUACGAGCUCAACGUCAUACAAAUAUACAAUAUGCAUGUUUAUUCUGAAAUGACUGACUCAUU